GCAUAAAACCUAUGUAUUUAGGAAGCUUUCAGUCACCUGUUGUUGAGACUUUUUCUAUGUCUGAUAAUGCCUCCCUUUGGCUGAUUGUACUGUAUGAAUGAUAAUGGUAACCUCUGAAAUAGCUGCUGCGAGUGUGAGAGAGAGGGGGGCAGAUAAUUUGAGGGACACCACCUUCUUGGGACACAUCCUAUUUUCAAGGCCAAGUUUGUGUUGAGAUAUUCUUAGGUGGACACUGUGCCAAUUAAGAUAAUUCUGGAUUUUGUUUCACAAAUCCCCUCCCCUCUGCCCUGGUCAAUGGUUAAAUGCUCGGUCAUCUGACUACUUAGGUUACAAGAAACGUCAGGGAUAUCUUAUUCGGGUCCUUCCCUGCAUUUUUUCUUUGUUCAUAUGUGGCUACAAGGAACUGCAGAUGCUGGCUUCCAAAACAAGACACAAAGUGCUGGAGUGACAGCAGGUCAGGCAGCAUCUCUGGUGAUGUUCCUUCAGUCUGAAGAAGGGCCCCUGACCAGACAUGUCGCCUAUCCAUUCUCCAAAGUUGGACCUCCUGAGUUAUUCCAGCACUUUGUGUCCUGUUUUUCUUUGUUCAAUUUCAGUAAAAUAAUCCUUUUUUUUUGCCUUUGGGGAAAGUUGGAUGACAAAUCAGGAAGAUGAGUAAUUGGAAAAACUCGUCUUUAACUGAAGCGGAGAAUACCCCAGAUGCGAAGAGUUUUGUGUUUAGGCGUGUCUCCCAAACUGCUUCACCGUUCUCCGCGGGCAGUACCAUCACCUUGCACUCUUCCCCAGCGCGGGCACUUCAGAAUGUCUUCAGCCAAAGUGCGUUCUGCUGGGCGGACAACAUAGAGGAGUGCCUCGCCUACCUGAGCAAGGAGCUGAUUGCCUUGGGACUACCUUCGCUCUUCACUGAUGAUAGUUUUGAGGAGAGUCCCGCUUCAGGCUUUAACCUUGUUGCCCUCAUAAACUGCACACACUACCUGCUGCAGCUCCACUGGAAGAACAUGGCCAAAGUGGAUGAACUGGAAUCGGCAAGGUUUAAAUCCUUCAGUGAGCAGGAUUGCAUGAGAAGCAGCCAAUUCAAGUUGCAGGAGCAGGCGGAAACACUGGAGCGGGAGAUCACUGCUCUGCAAGCCAAGGACCAGCAAGCCCAGAAAAACAUCCGCAACCUGAAUUCACUCCUGAAAAGCACCAAGGAAGAGGUGGUCAAGCUGCAGAACAUCAUCUCGAGCCGGUCUGCCCAACAUGCACACGACAUGAAGCGGAAGGAGCAGGAGCUGAGCAAACUGAAGGAGAAGAUGCAUCACCACCUGACGGAUAAGAAGGACAAGAGGAUGUCUAUAGACAUCCUGAAUCAAAUUGGACGAUCUGAUGGGCGUCGCUCGCUGUGGAGAACGGGCAAGACUGAAUCAAGGAGGGAAGGAGAGAUGUACAAAGUUCUCACCGGUAACUACGAGACGCAACUCAAGGAUCUGGCCCUGGACAACGCAGAGUUGAAGAGAGCUCUCAACCGCGUGAACAGGGAGAUGAGCGAAUUUCCCAGUUCUCAGGAGAAACUCCGCCGUCAAGGGUCCCUUCAGUCGCUAGUGCAGGAGGAAGAGGACACCCUCGAUGAAUCGCAUGAUGCGGACAGGAAGCACCUUACUGACGUCUUUCUGAAGCAGUGGACCUCGUUAAAGGAUCAUUUACAAAAACUGCAAAUGGCUGGUGCCCACAAGUCGCCGGCCAGCAGGGAGGACGGGCAUGCGGUCAGUGUCACCGACCACGACAAGGAGAUGGCCAAGCUGAAGCUGGAGCUGGAGCAGAGCAAACAGAUCAUCCGGGAGCAGCAGCAAGUUCUCCAGGACCAGCUGGCUAUUGAGAAGGAUGAUCUGGCCCAGGGUCCCGACUUACUGGAGGAAAUGGAAUGGUUCAACAAGGAGCGACAGCUGUUUGAGGAGCAGAGAGCCAACUUUAAGACGGAGAGGGAAUCGUUCACGGAGGCAGCUAUUCGCCUGGGUCGGGAGAGAAACGUGUUUGAAUCGGAACGUGCACAACUCAGAAAGGAGCAGUUCUUUAACCUGACGCCGUUUCGAGAGCGCAGAGCAAAACCUAGACUGAGGCUACGCACUGCUUGUACCAUGGCUAGUCCAGAUCGGGAAAGCUCAUCUGCGCUUCUAGCUGGUCACAAGAUGGGCAGGUGGACCAUCCAUUCACACCGGCCUCUGGGCACCCUAAGCCCACCACCCAAGGGUGCCCAACCAAGGGGUGCCAGCUCGCGGAGGUAUUCCCUGCCCGCCUCCCACGAGUUGUGCCAUGCCUUGGGGGUGAUUCCGGAGCGGAGCUUCAGAAUCGCACCGACUGCGCGCCUGAGAAGAUCCUAUAGCCCAACCCGUCAGCAAGAAUCCUCCACUCAAACGAGGAACGACUCGGGCUGGAUGAGCGCGGCCCUGUUUAUGAACGAGUCUGAUGAUUCUUUGUACAUUGGGCCCUUGCACUCACGGUUUUAAUUUGCCCCAUCGCCGCUGCUACAGUCUCGUACACCAGCCGGGACACAAGUGAAGCAAAACAUGUCCAUCUCGACAGUAUCUGAAGAUAGACACGAAAAGCUGGAGUAACUCAGUGGGACAGGCAGCAUCUCUGGAGAGAAGGAAUGUGUGUCGUUUUGGGUCGAGACCCUUCUUCAUACUGGUUACAGAUUAGGGAAAUGUACAAUAGAUGAUAAUGUAGAGAGAUAAAGAACAGUGAAUGAAAUAUGUACCCUUUCCACUUUUUUUGCAUAUCUUUCAUUCAUUUGAUCGAUAUCUCCAUCUACAGUUUGCCUUUCCCAUGACUCAGUCUGAAGAAGGGUCUCGACCCAAAAUGUCACCCAUUCCUUCUCUCCAGAGAUGCUGCCUGUCCCGCUGCGUUACUCCAGCUUUUAGUGUCCAUCUUCGGUUCGAACCGGCAUCUGCAGUUCCUCGCUACACUGACUGUAUCCCCUUGCCUUGCUGCUAAAUGUAGAUGAGAUUCCUCGUUGAUUUUACUGUAUAUAAUUCCCGUCAAAGCUUUUCUUUCGAGUGGCAUGAAGUAAUUUAUUGCAAUGUUUUAUAAUGAAAAACCGUCUGAGCAUUAGUUUUUAAAAUUGAAGUUGUAACACUGGGUCUGUGAGAUGUACAAAUUAAAUUUAAAUUUACUCCGGUGCAUGUAAUUUUGACAAACUUUCCGGGACCUGGGGAUUGUAGGGGUAAGUUGAUGCUCCAGACCCUGUACUAUUGUAGUGUUGACCAGCAUGCAAAAAAGUGUGUUUUAAUAAACUUUCCUUUUGCCAAUACAA